CCUCCGUCCAUGGCCAAACGAAAGCGAACAGACGAUGACGCUGACUACGCCGAUCAGCCGCGCCCUGUACCCGCGCGCACGAAGACACGUGCAGCCCCUAGAUCACCGCAGUCCCCAGACGCGUCCUUCGCAGCCCCGUCGCACCCUGCAUCCCGACACAUAAUCUCGCAGCCCGAGCCCCUCCAAUCCGCGCUCCUCGCAUGGUAUUCCACAGUGCACGAUGCUCGCCGAAUGCCCUGGCGCAAGCCCUACGACCUCUCCUUUAGCCCAGAGGAGCGUGCUCAGCGCGCCUACGAGGUCUGGGUCUCCGAGGUCAUGCUCCAGCAGACCCAAGUCGCCACCGUCAUUCCCUACUAUAACAGAUGGAUGCAACAGUUCCCGACCAUCAGACAUCUGGCGUCCUCCGACAUAGACACUAUCAACGGCAUCUGGAAGGGUCUCGGAUACUACUCGCGCGCCGCGCGCCUCCUCUCCGGCGCCAAAACGGCCGUCGAGGACUUCGCCGGCCGCCUCCCAGACAACGCGAAGGACAUGGAGUCGCGCAUCCCCGGCAUCGGGCGCUACAGCGCCGGCGCGAUCUGCUCCAUCGCGUACAACGAACGCGUCCCCGUCCUCGACGGGAACGUGCACCGCCUGCUCAGCAGACUCCUCGCCCUGCACGCGCCACCCAAGGCCAAGGCGACCCUCGACGUCCUCUGGUCCGCCGCCGCGACGAUGGUUCGCGGCGCCGCCCGCCCCGGGGACGUCAACCAGGCCCUCAUCGAACUCGGGAGCACCGUCUGCAAGCCCCGUGACCCCGACUGCGCCGCGUGCGUCCUCCAACCGUGGUGCGGCGCCUACCGCGCCUCCGCCGCAGACCUUAAGCCGUCUAUACCGGACGUCCCGGAUAUCGAGGAGAUCUGCACGCUGUGCGAGCCCAUUCCGCUCGCGAGCGCUGUCGGCACGCCCGAGCCCCCUGUUACCUCAUACCCCAUGAAAGCAGAGCGCAAGAAACAGCGAGAAGAAACGGACAUCGUCAACGUUGUCGAAUGGCGCAACGCCUCCGGCAGGUGGUUCCUGCUUGUCCGGCGCCCAGAGGGAGGCCUCCUAGCCGGCCUCCACGAGUUCCCCACCUCUCCAAACGUACCGACCCCGACGACACCCGCGGAACUGAAACGCCUCCCGCACUCUCUCCUACGCCCGCUCCUCAAAGUCCCGCCUCUCCCACCCUCAUCUGGCGCCGCCCAGCCCACGACGCGCUCAAAGCCUGCAGCGCACGCGCCGGAGGCCAUAGGGGCCUCCGCUCCUGCGCCCGGGGCGGCGUGCCAGAUCGUAAAGGUCAAGCCCGCGGGCGACGUGCUGCACGUGUUCUCCCACAUCCGCAAGACAUAUCGCGUGGAGUGGGUCGUGCUCGAGGGCGGCGGCGACGCCCCGCCUGAGCUCCUCAAGAGCAACGCGAGCGACGAUGAGGACGAGGACGAGGACGAGGGCGACGGCGGUGCAGGGGCGGCCGCUCCCGCUUCUGCACGCCCCUGCGCCGCGAUGUGGGUCCCCCUGGAGCAAGUCGAGGACCAAAACGUCGGGACGGGCGUGAUGAAGGUCUGGAAGCUUGCGCGCGCGCAGUGGGAACGACGUGGUGGCGGAGGUGGUGGCGGAGGCGGCGGAGGUGGUGGGCUCGAAGCGUACGGGUUCGGGCCCGGAUAG